AUGCCUCAUCGCUCGCGGAUUCCGGAUCCCGCGGCGGCCGUUUCACUUGCGCAUGGAGAUGCGCUGACGUCGCUUCUCGAUCUGACGGCUGCCGUCGUCAUUGCCGCCAGAGGCGCUAAGAUUCUCUCUGCUAGCAUGGGAGCGUGCGAGCUGCUGCAGCAGGAGCCGGGGUCACUAGAGAACCGAUCCAUGCUGGAGCUGCUCCAUUUGAACGAUCAGCCGCUCUUCAUGGACACGCUGGUUAAGUGCGCGCGCUUAGCUCCCUCCAGCAGCACAGCUCCGUCGGUCCGCCCGUGCAGUGCACACGCCGCCACAGGAAUCAGUCAGCCGAACUAUAGGCAGCAUUCUCCUGGGAAUACACCGCCAUGGGUUACAGUACCCGCUACAACCCCUGCCACAACUCCUGCCACAACCCCUGCGGCAACUCCUGGAGUAACCCCCUUUCACCCGCCGCACCAGGAGUCGCACGGUUGUUUUUCAGGCGCUUCUUCUUCGCACGCUGCCCGGCGCGGGUUUUCUACUGCUGGGGCUGCUGUUUCGGGCAGCGGCGGAAGGUUUUUCCGCGGGCAGCACCAGCUGCACGUGCGGCUGAGGGUGGAUGAGGAAGCAGAAGGGGAGGACCCUCAGACUGAGCAGCAGUUUGUGUGGGUGCGCGCACGGAUGCUGCCUGUAGUGGCAAGGAGACAAGGCGUAGGAGAACCCAGGAGAGAUGCAAGGGGAAGGGAGUCCGAAGGAACGACGGCUGUAGCAGCUGCAGCGGCUGUAGCGGCCGCAGCUGCAGCCGCUGCAGCCACCCGCAAGCCCCAGCCCGCGCCUGUGACUAUAGAGAAGCGGAAAGGACCCAUGACCUUGCCUACUCUCCCCCGGUGGCGCUCUAACGAGGAUCUUAUAGAGGAGGGAGAUCCGUUAGAAGACAGGCAGUUACUGGAUCAGCUUCCAACGAGGAUAGAGGAGAUUAAAGCGCGUUUGGAGAGUGGAGAGGGUUUGGAGGAAGAGGUGCCUAGGGUUGGAGCAGGGGAGAGGAGGCGGCAAGGGGAUUUGGGGAAGUGGCAGGGAGGGAGAGGAGGUAGAGGGAACCGGGGGCAAGGACGGGGUGAAUGGGUGAGUGCUGAGGCGAAGGGUGGGCAGUUGUUGGGGCAGGAGAAGGGGCGAAGCAGUGAUAGGGAGAAGAAGAGGAAAGAGGGGAGCAUGGGAGACAGGGAGAAGGGAGAGGGAGACCGGGAGGAGCAGCAGAGUAUGAGUGGUGGGUGUAACAGCGCUGCUGCUGCGGAGGAAAUUGGCAGUGGGGCAGGUCAAAUUGGUGGUUUGAACAAUGAAAGCAGUGAGAGGGAGGCGUUAUCUGGGGAAGGUGGUCUGGUAACCUAUGGGUUGCAUCUGAGGAGGGCACUGGAAGGGGAAGAGGAAGCAGAAGGGGAUGUGACUGUAGCGGAUGAGAUAAUGGAGGGGGGAUUGGGAGACUUGGGAGGGAGGGGGAGGAGCCUUGGAGCUGGGCCAUUCUUAGCGGCAGCAACAGAAGGGAGAGGUAGAGGGAAGCAGGUGGGAGGGCAACGGAUAAGAGUUCUACAGGGGGAUGAUUGUGGUGAUGUUGGGGAUGGUGGUGAUGGCGGUGAUGCUGCAGGCGGUGAUGCUGCAGGCGGUAAUGUUUCUGCUGCACGAGUGAUGCGUGAGGUGAAGGGGGAGGCAGGAGCUGAAUCGAGCAUCAAGGCAGAUGUGGGAGUGGGGGAGGUGGCGGUGACGAGUGGAGGUGGGGAGUCUGGGCUUUGGACCGAUUUACUCAAGAAAGGGCUGACUCGGCUGUUGGAAGCCCAGAACGCCCCCAGUGAUGAUGACGAUGAUGACUAUGAUCAGGAUCGUGAUCGUGAUGUGGUGCAGAAAGAGGAGGAGGGCGGAAAGGAUGAGGAGACGGAGGAGAUUGGGGAGACGGGGGAGAGAGGAGAGAUGGUUGGGAGGAAAGGAGGGGGGGGAGAGAGAGCAGGGGGCGUGUUGGAUCUGCCGAGUAAAGGCAAGGGGAGGGAGAGCGGGGAGGAGGGAUUGGAAGGGGAGGGGGAAGCUGCUGGAAAGGCGAGUGAGGAGGAGGAGGAGGUGGAGGUGGAGGAGAUUGUGAGGGUCAAGCCGGGUCGGAUGGGGAUGGGAAUGGGGAUGGGGAUGGGGAUGGGAAUGGGGAUGGGGAUGGGGACGGGGAUGGGGGGGGUGGAUGAAGCCGCAGCAGGGAGAGGGGCAGAUGGGCAAGGAGCGAGUUUCCUGCCGCCAGGGGUGCAAGCUGCUGCUGCAGCAGCAGGAGGGGGGGGAUCGGAUUCAGAUAGCCUAAGCAAGUUCUUUUCCGCCUCGGACCCCAUAUUCGUUUGUAAGAACCUCACUAUAGUCGACUGCAACGACAGCGCCGCCCGGAUCCUCCGCGUCGCCCAGAACGAGCGCAGCACCCGCAUCUUCGGCCAAUCACCCGUCGUCUUCUCGCCCCCAGUGCAACCCGAGGGGAUUCUUUCGGCAGUAGCAAGCGAGCAGCGCUGGUUAGACAUCGCCACGAGCAACGGCCGCCCGUUCCGGUUCCCCUGGGUGCACAUGUCAAUCGACGGUCAGAUGUUUCUCGUGGAGGUGAUGGCGAUGGUGCUAGUGGACGGCCCAGAUACGUUCCACAUCACCAUGUGGAAACAAUACCUCAACUCCUCGUCUCUUACCCGCGAGCUGAGGCUCGCCGCCCGCGCGAAACGGGCAGCCGAGAGGUCGCGAGUUCAAUUCCUGGCGAACAUGAGUCAUGAGCUGAGGACGCCGAUUAACGGCGUGCUGGGGUAUGCACAGCUGAUGAUGCAGACCCAAUUGGAUCCGGAGCAACAGUCUUACCUGCAGAGCAUCUACGAGUCGGGAGAAGUGCUGCUGGGAACGGUCUCUCAGGUGUUGGAGAUGAGUCAAUUGCAGAAGCGAGAGGUGGUGCCAAGGCGGGUACGGUUUGAUCUGCACAGGGCCAUUGGGGAGGCGGCUGGCAGCAUGCGACCUCUGGCGCACAGGAAAGGGCUGCAGGUGGGUGCUGCUGGGUGCAGGCUGGGUAAAAGGGAGGUGUUGCCAAGGCUGGGUAAAAGGGAGGUGUUGCCAAGGCUGGGUAAAAGGGAGGUGGUGCCAAGGCUGGGUAAAAGGGAGGUGUUGCCAAGGCUGGGUAAAAGGGAGGUGUUGCCAAGGCUGGGUAAAAGGGAGGUGUUGCCAAGGCUGGGUAAAAGGGAGGUGUUGCCAAGGCUGGGUAAAAGGGAGGUGUUGCCAAGGCUGGGUAAAAGGGAGGUGUUGCCAAGGCUGGGUAAAAGGGAGGUGUUGCCAAGGCUGGGUAAAAGGGAGGUGUUGCCAAGGCUGGGUAAAAGGGAGGUGUUGCCAAGGCUGGGUAAAAGGGAGGUGUUGCCAAGGCUGGGUAAAAGGGAGGUGUUGCCAAGGCUGGGUAAAAGGGAGGUGUUGCCAAGGCUGGGUAAAAGGGAGGUGGUGCCAAGGCUGGGUAAAAGGGAGGUGUUGCCAAGGCUGGGUAAAAGGGAGGUGGUGCCAAGGCUGGGUAAAAGGGAGGUGUUGCCAAGGCUGGGUAAAAGGGAGGUGUUGCCAAGGCUGGGUAAAAGGGAGGUGUUGCCAAGGCUGGGUAAAAGGGAGGUGUUGCCAAGGCUGGGUAAAAGGGAGGUGUUGCCAAGGCUGGGUAAAAGGGAGGUGGUGCCAAGGCUGGGUAAAAGGGAGGUGUUGCCAAGGCUGGGUAAAAGGGAGGUGUUGCCAAGGCUGGGUAAAAGGGAGGUGUUGCCAAGGCUGGGUAAAAGGGAGGUGUUGCCAAGGCUGGGUAAACGGGAGGUGUUGCCAAGGCUGGUGCGGUUUGAUCUGCACAGGGCCAUUGGGGAGGCGACUGGGAGCAUGCGGCCUCUGGCGCACAGGAAGGGGUUGCAGGUGGGUGCUGAUGGGUGCUGCUCAGUGCUGGUGGGUGCAGGUUCGGAUCAGCAUGGACAGGGCAGUGCCGCACGCAGUCCUGGGGGACCCAUCCAUGCUGCGCCAGCUGCUGCUGCACCUGCUCCCCUCCUUGUAAUGCAAAUGUUCGGGAUAAGCAUGGACAGGGCAGUACCCCACGCAGUGCUGGGGGAUCCAUCCAUGCUCUAUGUUGCCAUCCGCCCCAUGCCUCUUCUCCCGUGCACCCCCCUCUCGCUUCCUCCCUCUUCCCCCGUACAUCCUCCCCCAUCCCAGUUCGGGAUCAGCAUGGACAGGGCGGUGCCGCACGCAGUCCUGGGGGACCCAUCCAUGCUGCGCCAGCUGCUCCUUGCAUGUCCCUGUCCUCGCUUUCCUCAUCCAUCCCUUCGCCAUCCCCCCCUUUUCCCCUCCCAGUUCGGGAUCAGCAUGGACAGGGCAGUGCCCCACGCAGUGCUGGGGGACCCAUCCAUGCUGCGCCAGCUGCUGCUGCACCUGCUCUCCAACGCCCUCAAGUUCACCCACCAAGGCACCGUGCAGCUCACCGUUCGCGUGCUGGCCCCUCCUGGCGCUGCUGCUGCUGCUGCUGGUGCCGCUGGUGCUGCUGGUACUGCUGGUUCUGGUGGGGGAGCGGGGGCGGGAGGGAAGCAGAGGGGUGUGGGUCGGCGGGUGUCUCAGGUUAUGGGCAAGGCAGGGGACGCGUUGCAAGGGGGGCUAGCGGGGCGAGAGCAGCAAGAGCAGGAGAAGCAGCAGGUAGGGCAGGUGCAAGGGGAUAUGGAGUGCCAUUCAACUGCGGACACUCGGGUUCUGUGGGGGAGUAGUGAAGAGGGAACAAGUAGGAGGGAGGGAGGGGCUGUUGAGGCAUGUGAAACUAUGAUGACUGCUUCAGAAGGCGAGUUGCUGCCGGUUGCUGCAGAGAGGAAGAGAAAAGAGAGGGAGAGGGAAGUGAGGGAGAGGGAAGAGAGGGAGAGGGAGGAGAAGGAGCGGGCGGAAAAGGAGGGGAAAGCGCGGGAGGGGGAAGCAAAUGAGGGAGAAGAGGCAGAGAAAGACGGACCCGGGACAGAGUUCAAAGAAUCAAAUCAGAUCACAAGGCUUUCUUUCGAGGUGGUGGAUACAGGAGUGGGAGUGCCGCCCAACAUGCUCCAUCAAAUCUUCAAGCCCUUCGUGCAAGUGGACGACUCCGCCGCCCGGGAGUAUCAGGGCCUUGGGCUGGGAUUGGCUAUUGCGCAAUCGCUUGUGCGGCUUCUGGGCGGCGAGGGGAUACAUAUUGAGAGUGAACCGGAUAAGGGGUCUUGUUUCGCGUUUACCCUUCCUUUUGAGGUGUGGAAAGGGGAGGCGAGGGGUGGAAGGGAGAAGAGGAGGAGAAGGGAGGGUGAGAUUGUGGGAGGGGAGAGAGGGGAGGUGGAGGGAGAGGGAGGAUCGGGGAGAGAGGUUCUCGAAGGGGGGUUCGGGGAUAGAGGCCGAGGGAGGGGCAAGCGAGCAAGGAUAGCUGAGGAGAGAUUAGAUGUGGUGAGGAUGGGUGGGGAGAGGCUCCAGUCGUUUGAGGCUGAUACGGGGGAGAUUGGUAGGUUAGUAGCAGAGGGGGGUGAGCGUGGGGAGAGCAGUAGGGCAGGGGAAGAGGGAGAGGACGCGAGGAAGGGAGUUGCAGGGAGUGUGAAGCGGAAGCGAAGAGAGGAGGGUGGUGAUGAUGAGAUGGGGAUAAGACAGGAGCGUCAGGGGGAGGAGGUGGGUGGAGGAAUGUGGGGAGAGGUGCAGGGGGGGCGGUGGGGGGAGGAGCAGGGAGGGGAGUGGGGAGAAGAGGGAAGUGAUGAGAUGGAGGAGGAGAGAGGGAAGAACAGAGGGGAGGGGAGGGGGGAGAGUAGCGAUGUGUUGGCACGGAGAGAGGAGGCGAGGAGAAGGAAAUGGAGGGUGCAACACGACAGGGGUUUCUUCAGCGGGGCAAGGCGUGCCAAUAAGGGCCGUUUCGAAGAGCCUCAGAAGCAAGACCAGGGGUUUUCCAGUGGGGCUGGGCCGAGAGGGGAAGGGCGCUUUGCUGAAUCGAAUCCCUUGGGUGCCGCGUUGAUCCGAACCACCAGCCCUAUCAGUGCUGCUCUGCUCCGGUCCGACAUUCCUCUAGGCGCUCCUAUGGGCACGUCUAUAUGUGCUCCUAUGGAUGGUCCUGAGGGUGCUUCCUUGGGCGCUUCUCUGGGUGCUUCCCUGGGCGGUUCUCUGCGGGAUUUCGCCAGUGAGCCGCUCUCACGUGACCCUGCAGUGCAAGCCCAGGGGGAUGAUCCUGCACCUGUGAGUGCUGAUGCCUCUGAGGGGGACCGUACACCAGAGGGGUGUGAGGCUGCCGUUGAGAUGCUGCCCAUGCGUCGGCCAGGCUCGGGCGCGCUUGUGGAGCCUUCACAGCCGGUGAUGCCACAUCAACCUGGCUUGGGUGAGAACUGUCAGAGAACAUUCGUCUCUUCUCCUGCCAGCCUGGCAGCAGAUGGGGCCACUGCAGCUACAGCUGCGGCUGUAGCGGGUGCGUCCUCUCUCAGGGGUUCCCAAGGAGCAAAUGCAGCCACCAAAGGAAGAGCAGCUGUUGCAGUGGGAGCAGCAGCUGUGUUAACAGAAACCCAUAAUACACCUCAAGCAGCGGGUGCUGGGCGACUUGGCGUGGUGGUAGGCAGCAGCGAGGCAGUGAAUCGCAGUGUAUUACAGCCAGUGGCAGCGGCGGCAACAGCACCAACAGCAGCCGCCGUAGCAGGUGUAGCAGCUGUAGCACGCGGCAAUAAGGCAGGGCCGGCAGGCACGGCGGGUGCAGGCAAGACAGGCACGGGGCUCAAGUGCCUUGUGGUGGAUGACAAUGCAGUCAACCGCAGUGUUUUGCAGCGGCUGCUGCGGUCGCUCGGAGCAGAGCAGUUGGUGCUGGCCCGGAACGGCGCAGAGGCUGUCGCGGUGUGUGAGAAGGAUGGAGAGGGGUUGGAUGUGGUGUUUAUGGAUCUUCAUAUGCCGGUGAUGGAUGGGUUUGAGGCGUCGGCACGGAUUCUCGGGCUUUGGAGGAGUCGGCUCACGAAUUCCAUAGUGCAAUCAGGAAAGCAUCAAACCUAG